CAAGAGAGAGAGCGAGCAAGCAAGCCGCAAAGCUAGCGACAUGUCACUGUGGGGGGCAGUGCUUCUGCGCCCCAGAGUGAGGAGGACACAGGGGUCGCAGGUAGCUGCAGGGCGGGCAGAGGAGAGACCUGUGGAACUGGUGGGCUGGUGGUCCAGGGGGCAAUCAGGAAGGGAAGCCAGCUGGUGACAAGAGGGCCCAGAAGCGUCUGGGGCUGUGCGGUAGAGCCCGGAAGAUUUCAGCCAUGCCUCACAGCUCUGACAGCAGCGACUCCAGCUUCAGCCGCUCUCCUCCCCCUGGCAAACAGGACUCGUCGGAUGAUGUGAGAAAAGUUCAGAGAAGGGAGAAAAAUCGCAUUGCUGCCCAAAAGAGCCGGCAGAGGCAGACACAGAAAGCAGAUACCCUCCAUUUGGAGAGUGAAGACCUGGAGAAACAGAACGCAGCUCUGCGCAAGGAGAUCAAGAAGCUCACAGAGGAGAUGAAGUACUUCACGUCAGUCCUGAGUAGCCACGAGCCCCUGUGCUCAGUGCUGGCCACCAGCGUGCCCUCACCCCCCGAAGUGGUAUACACCUUCCAUCAGCCUCACGUCACCUCCCCACGCUUCCAGCCCUGA